CUGAUAGGCAGCACUGACGGGCACUGAUUGGCAGCACUGAUAGGUGGCACUGACUGGCAUUGAUGGGUGACACUGAAAGGCAGCUCAGAUGGGCACGGAUAUGUGGCAUUGAUGGGCACUGGCAGGUGACAUGGAUGAGCACUGACAGCUGGCACUGAUGGACACUGACAGGUGGCACUGCUGGGGCUACACUGAUCAUCAGUGCUCUGCGGCUCUCCUCUCCUCUGUCAGCGUGACAGCUUGUGGGGAGAGAAGUGCCGAUAACCGGCAU